AUGACAAAUUUACUCUUAUCAUUUCCACAACUCAUCUAUUUAAUAGUUAUUGCUGAAAAUGUCAAUAGUGAUAUGGCUGAUGGUUUUGCUUGGGCAAGAUUAUUACGACACAUUAAACAUUUUGAGUUUAAAUUGGAAUUCUCCUACAAUGCAUUCGAACAAGAACCACUCAAUCUUGACUCAUUUCGUACGAAAUUUUGGCUUGAAGAGAAAAAAUGGUUUGUUACAUAUGAUCGAAGCACAAGUUCUGAUGAUCUUUCAAUACUCUAUUCGAAUUAUUUUUCUAUGAUCGUCUAUCCACCACAUGAAAUAUUUGGAACAUUAAUAUCAGAAACAACAGCAGCAGAACCGGGAACAUUUUCACAUGUUAAUCACCUGACAAUUUAUAAUCAUUAUCUGAAAUAUCGAUUCGUAUAUCAAUACAAGCAUAUCAAAGAGUUACAUUUGUCAAAAGUUACUACUGCAUAUUCUAUGUCGUUCAAAGAUUUCGUAACUUGUAUCGAUACAUCACAAAUUAUGAAAUGUAUCAUUUUUUCCGAAUGGAUUGGAAAUUCAUCUUCCGAACACAUCGAAUUUUUACAUAACUUGCCUCGUUUGCGUUGGCUUGAAGUUUCUGUUUUUCAUCUCAAUCAUCUUUUUCGUUAUCAAUGGUCUCAUAUCAUUCAUUUGAAGAUUGACAAUGAUCGUGAGGGUAAAUCUUAUAUAUUAUCUUCCAAUGAUAUCGAUUCACUUUGUCAUUCGUUUCCUCAUAUUGAACGACUUGAUAUUUAUUCGUCACAUGUUACUGAUCUAUCACAACUUCUCAAUAGAAUGAAAAUAACAUUAACAGAUAUA